AUGUGGUCAAUUAUUUUAUGUAUUUUAGGAUUGAUUCAAUUUAUUUCUGCAUCAGCAUUUACUUUUAUAUUAGGAGCUAAUCAAAAAUCAUGUUUUUAUAUUUUCACUGAAAAACCAAAAAUUCCAAUUCGUUAUUAUUUUGCUGUUCAAAGUGGUGGAUCAUUUGAUGUUGAUUAUGAAAUUGUUGAUCCUAAUGGUAAUAAAGUUAUAUCAGAUUCAAAACAAAGACAAGGAGAUUUUGUUUUUAAUGCUGAUUUUAUUGGUGAAUAUGAAUUUUGUUUUUCUAAUACUAUGUCAACAUUUGCAGAAAAAGUUAUUGAUUUUGAAAUUAAAUUUGAAAAUGAAGAUAAUCAUGAAAAAUUUAAAGCUAAUUUACCAAAUCAACCUGAUAUUAAACCUUUAACUCAUGUUGAAAAUAUGCAAACUACUAUUGAUAAAAUUGAUAGUCAAUUGGAUGUAUUAUAUAAAUCUAUGCAAUAUUAUAAAACAAGAAAUAAUAGAAAUCAAGCUACUGUUGUAUCUACUGAAUCAAGAAUUUAUUAUUUCUCCAUUUUUGAAGUGUUAUUAAUGGUAGGAAUGGGAUUUUUACAAAUUACUAUUGUUCAAUUAUUCUUUAGAGGAUCAAGAAAACAAUUAGUGUAA